GGUCGUUCUUGGUCAGUGGUUAUUGGUAGUGAGCGGCUUUUUAAUUUCUUUGCUGCCGAUUAUUGUAAAAAGCUUUGCUAAAUUUAGUACAAAAUGCCUAAACAUAAGCCUACCAAGGACGAAAGCUCCGACUCCGAUUCAGGUCCAGAGGAUAGAGGACCGAUAAAGAAGCCGAAAUCCGAUGUUAAACCAAAGCCUAGUAACUCCAGUGAAGAUGAAAAUAGCUGGGACUUGGGGAAAAACCGUUUCGUUAAGCUGUCAGAGUUCAAAGGUAAAUGGUACGUUAACAUAAGGGAGUUCUACAACGAUGAUGGUGAGCUGAAGCCAGGUAAAAAGGGUAUCAUGCUGACCAUGGAGCAGUGGCAGAAGUUCAAGAACUGCAUAAGCGAAUUGGAUGACGCCAUAAAGAGAAACGUCUAGGUUAAGCACUAUUUAUUCCCCGUUUGUUCUGUAUGUUAGGAUGUUGUCUUUAAAUGAGUUGUUUGUUGGCUUUGUAAAGUGGUUUAGUCUCUUAAGGAUUAAAGUUUUUUUGUACCAGUGUACCUAAUAAAUAAAAUAUUAAUACAA